AAAUGGAGGCACAUUUCAUCAUAUUUACCCAGUUCCUCCGUCUUCACUGAGCUCCUCGGCCCUAUCUACGCGCUCAGUAACCGAGAAAGGGACUUUAAAAGUUGUCGUCUGACGGGAUAUACUCUCCAAUCUUAGUUAUUCUUGCGACUUCUAUCACAUGGUUGAAUGUGUUCCAGUUCAGUAGCGGUAAGGCUUCAGUACGUCCUGAUGUGAAGGCGAAGAUUGGCAGCAUCAUGGUUUGGCUGCGCGGUGCCCUCGUGACUGGCUGCGUUUCCUGGAAUAAGCUGGAACCUGAGCCUUGAAAACCACACCAUGGAAUGCCUGUAGUACCACACUUCACCUUCAUCCAGCCCACCAGCAUCAGCAGGACUCGAAAACACAAAGAGAGACACAAACAAUUAAGGGACAUAGAGGACGACUCCCAAAUCUGUGCCUCCAAUCUUUGCUCCUGGAGACUCCUUAUCUAUUUAGGUCAGCCAGGAAAGGAAUCUUUUGGAGGGUGCAGGGGAGUGUCAGUGUGUGUGUGUGUGCGUGUGUUUCCCUUUUAGAGUAGGUGCCUGCCCUGGGCACUGAGGCCAUGAGGCCCAAGACUUUCCCAGCUGCACCGUACGUGGGCAACACGCGCCAGAGGCUUCAGGAGAUCAAGGAGGGUCUGAAGCAGCCGGCCAAACUGGUGAGCCAAGCCCUGCACGGGGGCACCUCCCGGACAGAGGGUGGCCGAGGGGCCGACUGCAAGAGCGGGAAAGACACAGCCAGCCGACAGCAGCAGCUCCGACCCCCGCAGAAGUUCAACAACUACCAGAAUGCCUUGCGAGAAAUCCGCAAGUCCCUCAUGCCCUUUGCCAAUGAGUCGGGCCCAUCCUCCGGUUCAGGACACCCUGCGGGCGCUGGGGAGGUCAACCGGCAGAUGCUUCAGGAGCUGGUCAACGCUGGCUGCGACCAGGAAAUGGCAGUGCGGGCACUGAAGCAGACAGGAAGUAGGAACAUCGAAGCGGCCUUAGAGUACAUCAGCAAAAUGGGUUACCUUGACCCUCGCAAUGAACUCAUCGUCCGUGUCAUCAAGCAGACUUCACCAGGGAAAACUGGCAUGCCAACCUCAAUGGACCACCGACCUGCAUUAGAGGCUUCAGGUGAGGCCAUGCCUCCGUACCACCAGAUGGGGGCUAUGUAUGAGGGAUCAGCUGGAUAUGGCCCUGAGGGUGAAAUGGCCAGACCCUACAUGGGCGCUCCCCCCGUAAUUAACUACAUGAUGCCCCCAUCUGGUGCAGCACAGGGCCCUGCCAUGGGAAACCCAAUGGGUCGACCUCCCAGUAUGGGCACCUAUCCAGCAGUGAUGGCCACCCAGAGCAACCCAGCCAAUACCAUGUACCCUCCAGGGGCCCAGCAAAAGGGCUACCCUGGCGGUAUGGAGCAGCACGGGCCCAUGAUGAGCUACAAUGUCCCUGGCCAGCCUCUGCAGCUCCAGCCUCAGCCACCAGGGGGCCCUGUCCCAGGCCCCCACUAUGACUAUGGUCAUGCCAGGCCACACAUGAUGGAGCCUACAGGCUAUGGAGUCAAGAGGACCGCCUCCUUCCAGAACAAAAUGGCACCACCCCCCAUGGCACCCCCAGACAACUACGUCAACAUUCAGGGGAAAGGGGCCAUGGGCCAGAAUGGUCCAGGAGGAGGAGGGGGAGGGUACCCUGCUAACCUGUACCUGCCCCCUCAUUCCCACCCGCGGCAGGCCAGCCCCACCUCCCACCAGGUUCACAUGAUGUCCCGUUCCCCAGGUGGGGUGGCAGCCAUGGGCCCCGACUUCUCCGAUAUGCCCCAGGGCUUGAUGACACCAUCCAGGGCCAGCCUCAACCUGGACCUGUAUGAGCACCACUGGGCAGGGCCCCCAGGUCCUGAAGGGGCCCCUCCAGCAAGGCAACCCCAACCCCAGGGCCCCUUUAGGGGCGAGGUGCGUGUCCCCAGCAGAACCAACUCCUUCAACAGUCGCUCCGCAGGACCCAAUGGUGUCCGGCCAACGAUGACUGCACCCCCCACAGCUGGCAAACAGGACCCCUCCUUGGGCACUCCAAACACCAUCACGGCUGUAACAUCCCCACCCAUCCAGCAGCCGGUCAAGAGUAUUCGUGUGAUGAGGCCAGAGCCCAAGACGGCUGUGGGGCCGUGUCACCCCAGCUGGAUGACUGCUCAGGCCCAGGAUGCAGGUGAGCCUCUGGCCUACAUGGCAGAGGAACCCUACUCUCUUGAGCCUGCCCAGGAGCCACGCUGCCCACCACCACCUUACCCCAAAAGCCUGCUCAUGUCUGGUGCAACUGGUGAGCCAGGGGCCCUGGAAGGAGCCGGAGCCAUGUGUGGAGCUCAGGACCUCAGCAACACUGCUGCCAGAAGCACACAUGGUGGCAGCGGAGGGAGCGGAAAGCCAGAGGAGAACCAGCAGGUGAAAGAGAAGACAAAGAUGGGCAAGGGAGAAAAAAACGUGAAAGACAAGAAGCAGAUCCAGACGUCACCUGUUCCAGUGAGGAAGAAUGGACGGGAUGAGGAGAAGAGAGAGUCGCGCAUCAAGACCUACUCACCUUUCGCUUUCAAGUUCUACAUGGAGCAGCACAUAGAGAAUGUGAUGAAGACCUACCAGCAGAAACUGAACCGCAGGCUUCAACUGGAACAAGAGAUGUCCAAGGCUGGCCUUUCGGAAGCAGAGCAAGAACAGAUGAGGAAGAUGCUGAACCAGAAAGAGUCCAACUACAACAGGCUACGCCGUGCCAAAAUGGACAAGUCCAUGUUUGUCAAAAUCAAGACAUUGGGCAUAGGCGCCUUUGGUGAAGUGUGUCUUACCCGCAAGGUGGACACUGGUGCACUUUAUGCCAUGAAAACACUGCGCAAGAAAGAUGUCCUCAACCGCAACCAGGUGGCCCAUGUAAAAGCAGAGCGUGACAUCCUGGCGGAGGCAGACAACGAGUGGGUCGUGCGUCUCUACUACUCCUUUCAGGACCGUGACAGCCUCUACUUCGUCAUGGACUACAUCCCCGGAGGAGACAUGAUGAGCCUGCUCAUCCGAAUGGGCGUCUUCCCAGAACCUCUGGCACGCUUCUACGUGGCAGAGCUGACACUGGCCAUCGAGAGCGUCCACAAGAUGGGCUUCAUCCACCGCGACAUCAAGCCCGACAACAUCCUCAUUGACCUGGACGGACACAUCAAGCUGACGGACUUCGGCCUGUGCACGGGCUUCCGCUGGACACACAACUCCAAGUACUACCAGAAAGGGAGCCACGUCAGACAGGACAGCAUGGAACCCAGCGACUUCUGGGACGAUGUGUCCAACUGUCGCUGUGGCGACCGGCUGAUGACACUGGAGCAGCGCGCUAACCGGCAGCAUCAGCGCUGCCUGGCUCAUUCGCUGGUGGGAACGCCUAACUACAUCGCACCAGAAGUGCUACUGCGUAAAGGUUACACCCAGCUGUGUGACUGGUGGAGCGUGGGAGUGAUCUUGUUUGAGAUGCUGGUGGGACAGCCGCCCUUUCUGGCCCCCACACCCACCGAGACUCAGAUCAAGGUCAUUAACUGGGAGAGCACCCUGCAGGUGCCUGCCCAGGUCAAACUGAGCCCAGAGGCCGUCGACAUCAUCGGCCGCCUCUGCUGCUCUGCAGAGGAUCGUCUGGGUGCCAAUGGAGCCGGAGAGAUCAAAGCUCACCCCUUCUUCACCCAGAUGGACUUCUCCAGCAAUCUGCGGCAGCAACCAGCCCCCUACCGGCCCAAGAUCGCCCACCCCAUGGACACGUCCAACUUUGAUCCCGUGGAGGAGGAGGGCGGCCCCGGGGCGUGGAGCGACAGCGGGGACAGCACCCGGGCCCUGGACAUGCUCUGCUCCCCGCACGGGAAGCACCCGGAGCACGCUUUCUACGAGUUCACCUUCCGCAGAUUCUUCGACGACAACGGCUGCCCCUUCCGCUACCCUAAGCCGCUUGAAGCAAGCGAGGUGACGCCAAGCAUCACCGGAGCCACCUGCAUGGGUCCAGAAGAGGAGGACGAGCAAGAAGAGGAGGAGGAGGAAGAGGAGGAUGAAGAGGAGGAGGGAGAGCAGGGGGAGGGAUGCGAGCCGGUGUACGUUUAGAGCUGCAGACUGACAGGCUUCCUGAGCGGCGCGUGUCUGUUACUGCCGACUAAUGCUCAUUAUUCAGCUCACGACCCUCCCACCUGCCACUGCUCUUCUUCUGUGUGUGUCUGUGUGUAGAACUCCCCUGAUCCGGGACCAAGAACCAACAUUCUGUUUGUGACUGACUGCAUCAAGGGUGAAGCAUGUGCAGUUAGAGGAGCAAGACUCAGAAACUGUACAAGUUGAAAGGAGAUGGCUGAUAUUCUUUGGAAUGUAAGGAUGUCUAGAUGACAGACGAGAUUUCUAAUUCGAGGACUGCUUCUGGUUGCUCCAGAGGUUUCUUGUCCCAUUCCUUCCACCCUUGGUCUUACGGACGACUGAAACACCUCCACGGUGAUCAGCUGCUCCCUGUUCUACCUGAGCUGCUUUACACUCCAACAUUGGACACUGCAAUGUGAAGAGUGGAACCAGUUUACUCGUUGAUCGAA